CAGCAGCAAGGCUCCUGGGAGAACUCAGGCAUAGUUUGACAGGAUGAGUCCUCUGAAGCUCUUCAAAAACCAGAAGUAUCAGGAACUGAAGCAGGAAUGCAUUAAAGACAGCAUCCUCUUCUGUGACCCAACUUUCCUGCCUGAGAAUGAUUCGCUGUUUUACAACAGACUGCUUCCAGGAAAAGUGAUCUGGAAACGUCCUCAGGACAUCUGCGAUGACCCCCGUCUGAUCGUGGGAAACAUCAGCCACCACCAGCUGAUCCAGGGGAGACUGGGGCACAAGCCGAUGAUUUCUGCCUUUUCCUGUUUGGCUGUUCAGGAAUCUCACUGGACAAAGACAAUUCCCAAUCAUAAGGAACAGGAGUGGGAUCCUCGCAAGCCAGAGAAAUAUGCUGGAAUAUUUCGUUUCCGUUUCUGGCAUUUUGGAGAGUGGACCGAGGUGGUGAUUGAUGACCUGCUACCCACUAUCAAUGGAGAUCUGGUUUUCUCUUUCUCCACAUCCAUGAAUGAGUUUUGGAAUGCUCUACUGGAAAAAGCUUAUGCAAAGUUGCUAGGCUGUUAUGAGGCUCUGGAUGGUUUGACCAUCACUGAUGUCAUUGUGGACUUCACGGGCACAUUGGCUGAGACUGUUGAUAUGCAGAAGGGAAGAUACACUGACCUUGUUGAGGAGAAGUACAAGCUGUUUGGAGAAUUGUACAAAACAUUCACCAAAGGAGGCCUCAUUUGUUGCUCUAUUGAGUCUCCAAGUCAGGAGGAACAAGAAGUUGAAACUGAUUGGGGUCUCCUGAAGGGCCUCACCUACACCAUGACUGACAUUCGUAAGAUGCGCCUUGGAGAAAGACUUGUGGAAGUCUUCAGUGCUGAGAAGCUGUAUAUGGUUCGCCUAAGGAACCCCAUGGGAAGACAGGAAUGGAGUGGCCCCUGGAGUGAAAUUUCUGAAGAGUGGCAGCAACUGACUGUAACAGAUCGCAAGAACUUGGGGCUUGUUAUGUCUGAUGACGGAGAAUUUUGGAUGGGCCUUGAAGAUUUUUGCCGCAGCUUCCACAAACUGUAUGUGUGCCGUAAUGUGAACAAGCCUAUUUUUGGCCGCAAGGAGGUGGAAUCGGUGCUGGGAUGUUGGACUGUGGAUGAUGAUCCUCUAAUGAACCGCUCAGGAGGCUGCUAUAACAACCGUGACACCUUCCUGCAGAAUCCUCAGUAUAUCUUCACUGUGCCUGAGGAUGGGCACAAGGUGAUCAUGUCCCUGCAACAGAAGGACCUGCGUACUUACCGCAGAAUGGGAAGACCUGACAAUUACAUCAUUGGAUUUGAGCUCUUCAAGGUGGAGGUGAACCGCAGAUUCCGCCUCCACCACCUCUACAUCCAGGAGCGUGCUGGAACUUCCACCUAUAUUGACACCCGCACUGUAUUUCUGAGCAAGUAUCUGCAGAAGGGCAACUACGUGCUUGUCCCUACCAUGUUCCAGCAUGGCCGCACCAGCGAGUUUCUACUGAGAAUCUUCUCUGAAGUGCCUGUUCAGCUGAGGGAACUGACCUUGGACAUGCCCAAGAUGUCUUGCUGGAACCUGGCUCGUGGCUACCCGAAGGUAGUCACCCAGAUCACUGUUCACAGUGCUGAAGGCCUGGAGAAGAAGUAUGCCAAUGAAACUGUAAAUCCAUACUUGAUCAUCAAGUGUGGAAAGGAGGAAGUCCGUUCUCCUGUUCAGAAGAAUACUGUGCAUGCUAUUUUUGAUAUCCAGGCCGUUUUCUACCGAAGAACCACUGACAUUCCUAUUAUAGUUGAGGUGUGGAACAGCAGAAAAUUCUGUGAUCAAUUCUUGGGGCAGGUUACUCUGGAUGCUGACCCCAGCGACUGCCGUGAUCUGAAGUCUCUGUACCUGCGUAACAAGGGUGGUCCAGGUGCCAAAAUCAAGCAAGGCCACAUCAGCUUCAAGAUUAUUUCCAGCGCUGAUCUCACUGAGCUCUAAAUUGCCAGCUCCAGAGAAGCCUGACAGAAUUUUCUUUCAUUUUAUGUCAGGUUCCAUGUCUUACCUAAUAUUCACAAUCUUUGAAAGGAAAAAAAGACACAACAGUUUUAUUUUUUCUCUCUUCAGAUAACUUUUCCAUACCUCCCAAUUCAAGUAGCACCAGUAGCUACAUAACCUAUAUACCUCCAGCAGCUGGACAGAGGGGAGGUGACAGUCCAAUCUGGAGAUUGUACACACUUGCCAAGAAAAGGAACAGUUUUAGAACUUCUGGGGGAUAAGAUUCAGGCAGGAUGACAGAAUAGCAAGAGCCUAGCCACCCUACAGAUGUAUUUGCUGUUUUCAGUUGCAUUUCCCCCCGAUAGGGCAUGUUGGGGAAGGAAGAGGGAUUAUCAAGGCCAAGCUGGUCUGGCAUGAUAUCCCAACUCCUUGACUUGACAGUUUAUAUAGAGUUACCAUCAGUGUUUCAUUCAGUAAGCAGAUCUGACUUUGAAGUUCCUAGCCUUUACCACCAUCACUGCCACCACUAUCACCACCUCCACAAAAUGUAAUCCUGCCCUAACCCCAAGUCACUCCCCCACCAUCAUAAAUUUUACAUUCAUGUUGAGGAAGCUUCCUAGGUGCUUAAUCAAGAGCUAGAGUUCAAUGAGCUUUAGCUCAAUGGAAGCUAGCUGUGUGCCACAAGAGGGAAAAGUGGAAGAAGCUGCAGUGGGAGACAAAACCUCUGUCCUUCACCCAUCCACACACUCCUACACUCACACACGUGCAUAGGCACGCACGAACUACCGUUCAGGCAGUACAGUGGGCAAGAAAGGGCAAAGAAUUGAGUAUUAUAUAGUCCAAAAGACAAGACAAGAUACUAUCCAGGAAUGAGACAGCCAGUUUGAGGCCCCUGACUGCAAUGUGAAACCUCUUGCUGCUGCUAGGUUUACAAACAAGCCCGUUGUCCUGUGUCUCCUAAUAUCAUUUGUACUGAAGACCCCUUCUGGGAACUUGAGAUUGGGUUCCAGCCCAAUCUCCUCAGGCUUUCCCUUCAAUUGGGAAGCUUCACUCCCUGGGGGUGUUUUUUUCUCCUCUUCUUUUUCAGUACUUCUACAGAAUGUUCUAUAGAGUCAUUCAUUAGAAAAUGUUAUUCCCUGCAUCUUCAUCUGUCAGGAUUCUACCUUUCCUGCAAGGCCCAGAAUAAAUGCCAUCUCCUCCAUGAAACACUACCGAAUCCUACUCCCAACCCCACCAAUAACAAUAUUUCAAAGCUUCUGAAAUGACAAAAAGAAAAAAACCACCAUAGCUGUAGUACUUAGUCUAGUCCAGGAAUCAAACAUCCAUUUAACAAAUGUAUUUUGUAGCUUUUUUAGUUCACUAAUUUUCUACUCUGUUUCUAAUUGAUGUAACCUCUGAAGUGCCUUCACUAUACACACAGCCUUACACAAACUAA